CACUUCUCUCCUGACAAGUUCCCUCCCAUUUCACAGUAGGCCAGUAGGAAGUGAAAUCAGUGCUUAACCUCAGCUGCAAGUCAUCUGUCAGGCUCUGGUCGCUGCGCCGGGCAUGCUCAGUAGCCUGGCCGGCUGAGCGCGGAGUAGGAAGCAGCUUUCCGCGCCGGGGCAGUCGGCUGUAGGCACUUUGAUGAAUCACGUGCGUUGAGGCCCUCUUAAAGAGAUAGUCACCUACUUUCUUUCUACCCUAAACACCGCCCUGAGGGCGGCGGCGACCGUGGUAAUUGCAGCUGCUUAGGGGCAGGGCUUGCCCCAGCGCCGAGUAGUGGCAACACUGUGGUUGCGUCGGGGGGGGUGCCGGGGAGCCCCGGGGGCCUGAAAUCUGUAGCUUCCUGGCAGACACACUCUCCAUAAGGAAGACGUGCUGCCAAGUCAGCGCGGGGCAGCGUGAGCACCCGAGGGGCUUCUUCAGUUGAGCAGAGGUGGGGUUACAGGGCACAGGUGAAGGGCCAGAGAGAUGGAGCAGCCCGGGGCGGCGGCGUCGGGAGCGGGAGGCGGCAGCGAGGAACCCGGUGGGGGCCGGAGCAACAAGCGGAGCACGGGAAACCGGGCCUCCAACGAAGAGGAAACGAAAAACAAACCCAAACUGAACAUUCAAAUAAAAACUUUGGCAGAUGAUGUGCGUGACCGAAUUACAAGUUUUAGAAAAUCUACAGUCAAAAAAGAAAAACCUCUUAUUCAACAUCCUAUUGAUUCUCAAGUCUCGAUGAGUGAGUUUCCAGCAGCUCAGCCAUUAUAUGACGAACGAUCUUUGAAUUUGUCAGAAAAAGAAGUACUGGAUCUCUUUGAAAAAAUGAUGGAGGAUAUGAACCUUAAUGAGGAAAAGAAAGCUCCUUUACGAAACAAAGAUUUUACCACUAAGCGUGAGAUGGUUGUCCAGUAUAUUUCUGCUACUGCCAAAUCUAUAGUUGGAAGUAAAGUUAUGGGUGGGCUGAAAAACAGCAAACAUGAAUGCACCCUGUCUUCACAAGAAUAUGUUCAUGAAUUGCGAUCUGGUAUUUCAGAUGAGAAACUUCUUAACUGCCUAGAAUCCCUGAGGGUUUCUUUAACCAGUAAUCCUGUCAGCUGGGUUAACAACUUUGGCCAUGAAGGUCUUGGACUUUUACUGGAUGUGUUGGAAAAGCUUCUGGACAAAAAACAGCAAGAAAAUAUUGACAAGAAGAAUCAAUAUAAACUAAUUCAGUGCCUCAAAGCAUUUAUGAAUAAUAAGUUUGGAUUGCAAAGGAUUUUAGGAGAUGAAAGAAGUCUUUUACUAUUGGCAAGAGCAAUUGAUCCCAAACAACCCAACAUGAUGACUGAAAUAGUAAAAAUACUUUCUGCUAUUUGUAUUGUUGGAGAAGAGAACAUUCUGGAUAAACUUUUAGGGGCAAUAACUACUGCAGCAGAAAGAAAUAACAGGGAACGAUUUUCACCAGUUGUGGAAGGAUUAGAAAAUCACGAAGCUUUGCAAUUACAGGUGGCCUGCAUGCAGUUUAUAAAUGCCCUUGUCACUUCUCCUUAUGAACUUGAUUUUCGAAUACAUUUAAGAAAUGAAUUCCUUCGUUCAGGACUAAAAGCAAUGUUACCAGGUCUAAAAGAAAAAGAGAAUGAGGAGCUUGAUAUUCAGUUGAAAGUUUUUGAUGAGAACAAAGAGGAUGACUUAACUGAAUUGUCUCACCGUCUGAAUGACAUUCGAGCAGAAAUGGAUGAUAUGAAUGAAGUAUACCAUCUUCUAUAUAAUAUGUUGAAAGACACUGCUGCUGAAUCUUAUUUAUUAUCCAUUCUACAACAUUUUUUGCUUAUCAGAAAUGACUAUUAUAUCAGGCCACAGUAUUAUAAGAUAAUUGAGGAGUGUGUUUCACAGAUAGUGCUGCACUGCAGUGGUAUGGACCCAGACUUCAAGUAUAGGCAAAGAUUAGACAUUGAUUUCACUCAUCUGAUUGAUUCCUGUGUAAACAAGGCAAAAGUUGAAGAAAGUGAACAAAAAGCAGUGGAAUUUUCAAAGAAGUUUGAUGAAGAAUUCACAGCUCGACAGGAAGCUCAAGCUGAGCUUCAAAAAAGAGAAGAAAAAAUCAAAGAACUUGAGACAGAAAUCCAGCAACUUCGGACCCAGGGACAUGGACCUUCAAGUUCAUUAGGACCUCUAGGCCCUCCUCCACCACCUCCAGUGCCAGGUGCUGGGCCACCUCCACCACCACCUCCACCUCCACCACCUCUACCUACAGGAGUUCUUCCUCCUCCACCACCUCCAUUACAUGGAAUAGGACCAAUACCGCCACCACCACCACUGCCACCUUUGAUUGGGGGGCCUCCUGCACCACCACCCCUUGGAGGAAUUCCUCUUCCCCCAGGAGCACCACUUGAUCUUCCUUAUGGAAUGAAGCACAAAAAAAUUUAUAAACCUGAAGUGUCCAUGAAGAGAAUAAACUGGUCAAAGAUUGAUCCCAAAGAAUUAUCUGAGAACUGUUUCUGGUUAAAAGUAAAAGAAGAAAAGUUUGAGAAUCCAGAUCUCUUUGCAAAACUGACCCUGAAUUUUGCUACCCAGAUAAAAGUUCAAAAAAAUGCAGAUGCUUCAGAAGAAAAGAAGACUAUGCCUACAAAGAAGAAAGUAAAAGAAUUGAGAGUUUUGGAUCCCAAAACAGCUCAGAAUCUCUCUAUCUUCUUGGGAUCAUAUCGCAUGCCAUAUGAAGACAUAAAAAAUAUCAUUCUGGAGAUUAAUGAAGAUAUGCUGAGUGAGGCCUUAAUUCAAAACCUCAUAAAACAUCUUCCUGAGCAGAAGGUACUCAAUGAAUUGGCACAACUUAAGAAUGAAUAUGAUGACCUCUGUGAGCCUGAGCAGUUUGGAGUGGUGAUGAGCUCAGUGAAAAUGUUACGGCCUCGUCUCAAUAGCAUUCUUUUCAAGCUCACAUUUGAAGAACACGUAAACAACAUCAAGCCAACCAUCAUAGCAGUAACUCUAGCUUGUGAAGAACUGAAGAAAAGUGAAAGCUUUAACAGACUUUUAGAGUUAAUUCUUUUGGUUGGAAACUACAUGAACUCAGGCUCAAGAAAUGCCCAGUCUUUGGGUUUUAAGAUCAACUUCCUUUGUAAGAUCAAAGAUACUAAAUCAGCAGAUCAAAAGACAACACUUUUGCAUUUUAUUGCUGAAAUUUGUGAGGAAAACUACAGAGAUAUCUUGAAAUUUCCCGAAGAACUAGAACAUGUAGAAAGUGCAAGCAAAGUUUCAGCUCAAAUCCUCAAGAGCAACCUUGCAGCCAUGGAACAACAAAUUGUUCAUCUGGAACGUGACAUCAAGAAAUUCCCCGAAGCAGAAAAUCAACAUGAUAAGUUUGUGGAAAAGAUGACAAGCUUUACAAAGAGUGCCAGAGACCAAUAUGAAAAACUGUCCACCAUGCACAACAACAUGAUCAAGCUCUAUGAGAAUCUUGGAGAAUACUUCAUUUUUGACUCUAAGACAGUAAGCAUAGAAGAAUUUUUUGGUGAUCUCAGCAACUUCCGAACUCUCUUUCUGGAAGCAGUGAAAGAAAAUAAUAAGAGAAGAGAAAUGGAAGAGAAGACUAGAAGGGCAAAGCUUGCAAAAGAGAAAGCUGAACAAGAAAAGUUGGAACGUCAGAAGAAAAAGAAGCAACUCAUUGAUAUAAACAAAGAAGGUGAUGAGACCGGGGUGAUGGAUAAUCUCCUAGAAGCCCUACAGUCCGGUGCAGCCUUCCGAGACCGAAGAAAGCGGAUUCCAAGGAAUCCAGAUAACAGGCGAGUACCUCUGGAAAGGUCACGCUCACGCCACAAUGGAGCAAUCUCAUCUAAGUGAUUUGAUGCCAAAGAAUAUGAAAACAUUUAAACAAAAUCAUACAUUGUAAGAACAAAACACGCACUCAAGGGAUAGAAAUAAGUGUAUUUCUGUACAGGUCAAGCUAAGCUGGAUGAAGUAAUGUGAAUUUGUAAAACUGUUGCAGGAUUCUUCCCACAGUUAUACUAAUCUGAACAUGGUUGUUGGGAUUAUGAAAUGUUUGUUCCACUUUAGUGUAAAGAAGUUAAUUAUUUAUUGUUGUGUCUGACCUGAUUUUCAAGAUGCAAAUGUAAGAAAUUGAGUGAGUUCUAAGGCUUUCAAACAUAUUGUUGUAAAAAUUUUAAAUCUUAAAUUUCUAGGUCACUCCCACUAAAAAAAAAAGAAGGAAGAGAAGAUGAAGAAUAGAAAGAAUUAUUCAAUGUCUGCUUACAAACUUUACUACAUAUAAAAAAAAAGUCGAAGAAAAAUUUGCUUGUCAAUGAUUUAGGAAUGUGCUGAUAUUGUCCACAUUAUAGGAGAAGCCAUUUUAGAAAUUAAAAAAAGUACUGCUCCACCCCAGUCCAGUUACACAGAAUUUUAUCUCAAGUGAAAGCUGAUUGAUUCAUCUGCUUUGGCUGAUAUUAUAUUUAUCAUUAGUGUAGCAUUUCAGCAUGAUAUUGCAGACACUUCUCACUGCUAAAAAUAAACCAAAGUUUAACAGAAUCAGUUAGGGAAAAUGCCUUAAACUUUAUUUAAAGAGGUAUUUUCUAAUUAUGCAUAGAUAUCUACUUUAUACAAAUACUUUAUAUGGCUAUUUUUGAGAAAAACUCCACAUUUUAAUGUUUAUGCUAGGGAUGAAUCUGAACAUUCUAUUAUCUUUGCUUUCAAAGGCAAAUACUGUUUCCAAUGCUGUGGUUGAUUUCUUCUCUCUAUUGCUUCUUUUUUCCUUGAACAGGGAAUAGAGUUCUAGAAGACCUUAAAGGAAAGAGAUUUCUUUCUGCAGGAGGCAGGAAAAAACAGUCAAAAAGGUCAAUAGUUUUAUGUCCCCUUCUACUCCCUUUUCCAAUUCCAUUUUGAUUGUCUGAAGAAGAAAAUGAAAUCAUAUAUAGAUCCCAGCAACUAAGUGAGCUUCUCAAUCAUCAUCAUACUUACUUAAAUAUUAACACAUUUAAAUGAUGCUAAUGAAACAACUCUAGGAAGAAAAACAAUUUCUAUAUUUUUCUUAAAUAGAUGAGAGAAUUAAACUUAUACUUAACUUGUCUAUUAUUUUUAAAUAUUCAUUGAAAUAAUUGGUAUAACUUCUCUGGAGGGCAGUUUUAAGCCUAAUUCAUCCAAAUGAUUGUGAUUACUAUAAAAUAUUUAUUAUAUAUAAUUCUUAGGUAGAAAAUCUUAAUUCCACUCCUCCAAAGCAUGAUAUUAGCAUUCAGAACAAAGAUACAUGUAAGUUAUCUUAUGGUAUAAUAUAAACAAGUCCACCGAUUCCUUUAUAUAGAUGUAUAAUAAUUUAAAUUGUUGUCUUUUUUCCAGUGCAUUCUUACUUGGGUAUUAUACUUCAAAAUGUUCUGAGGAUGCUACAAUAGAGAAAUUUAAAAGUAACAAUAUGUGAGAUUUUCCUACUUUUCUUAUCUUAAAACAUGUACACACAAACAUUUAAGGACAUAUCCAUUUCACACACUAUUUUUUAGCAAAAAGAAAAAAAUGUAUAGGUCUUACUAAUUUAUGUAAAUAAUAUGUGCAUUUUUGUCUUUACAAAGUCUUUUCUGGAAUCUUCAUAAUAUGGCUUCUUUUGGUAGCUUUUCAGACUGUAGGAAAAUGAUUUUGAAAUGUAGAUCCUUAUUGAAAUUUGGGACAUUUUCCAUGUCAUAUUAUCAAGCUGGUCAAGGUAGAAAAACUGACGUGUAUCACCUUUUCCAGAUGUGAACUUGCCUUGUUUUCUAGUUUGUGAGCAAGAAUGAACGAAAAGCUAUUACUGAUAAGUUAUACAUUUGUGUUUAAAGCAAUCCCACAUGAUUUUCGCACACAUUAAAAAGCCUUUCAGGAUCCAAUAAUUAAGUCAAAGGAUUUGCUUAUCAGAUUUAUAAUGGUCCUGUUCUAGCUACUCGGCAGUUUUGUUUUAGAUUGAAAUGUAUGACCAAAAAGAGUACAUAGUGACAUUUUUAGUAUAGAACCAAAUUACACUAAACUCUUUUGUUUAUUACUGCCACACAUAAGCAAUAUUAUUUUUGCUGAUUUUCUUUAAAAUGUUAAAAAACAUAAGUACAAAACCAUUAAAACAUUAACUAGUUGUAUUUAUUUCAUUUGGCUUCUAUAAUGACCUCAAGUUUGAUGGCUUAAUGCAACUGAAAUUCUCUCACAUUUCUGGAGGCCAGAAGCUUGAAAUCUAGGUUCCAGCCUGCCGGGCCAUGCUCCCUCCACAAGCUCUAGUGGAAAAUCAUUCCUUGGGUCUUCUAGCUUCUGGUGGCUAUUGUCAUUCUUUGCCUUAUGGCCACAUUUCUCUCUGCUCAUCUUCACAACACCUUCUGCUCUGAGUACCUAAUCUCCCUCUGCCCUUCAUAUAAGAAUACUUAUGCUAACAUUGAGAGAGCACCCGGAUUAAUCUACUCAUCUCAUGAUCUUUAACUUCAUUACUUCUGUAACACUUUCUUUCCUAAUGCAGUAACAUUUUUAGGUUUUGGGGAUUGUGAUGUUGACAUACCUUUUUGGAAGUCACACUCAGCCCUAUAUAGUCUACUCUCUGGCCCUGCCUCCAAAUUUUGGUCUCUUCCAUGUGUGAAAUACAAUCACCCUAUCCGAAUAUUCCCAAGUUUCAACCUAUUACAGCAUCAACUCUUUUUCGUUUUUUGAGACAAGGUCUUGCUAUAUAGUGUAGGCUGGUCUUGAACUCACUGUGUAGCCCAGGCUGGCCUCAAACUCAUGGUGAUCCUCCUAUCUCACCAUCCCAAGUGCUGGAGUUAGAGGCAUGUGCCAACAUGUCUGCCACAACGUCAACACUUAAGUCUAAAAUUUCAUCCAAAUAUCAUUAUUUUGAAAUUCCCAAAUCCCAUCAUCUAAAUCAAGUAUGAAUAAAACUCUGGGUAUGAACCAUCCUAGGGCAAUAUCCCUUUCCAUCUGUGAACAAAUGUAAUAAAGCAAAUUUUUUCUUGCAAAGAAUAAUGAAAUGGAUAUGGGAUAAUAAUUGCAAACAUUCCUAUUCCAAAAAGGAGAGAGUGAAAAGCAGAAAGAAGUCACCUGUCCCAAUCAUUUUCAAAAAAACAGCCAAACAGAUGCUCCUUAGGUUUCAAGACCUGGCAGUAGGCCUGUGUGUCUCAGGGCUCCAUCUUCUGGGUCUGUAGCUCUUCCCUCUUAGAUCAUGGAUUGGACCUCUUCCUGUGUAUCCAUGGCUCAUACUUCUGUCUCUGUCCCUAUGCUUAGGUCUCUGUCUUUAUACCUAUACCUCUGGCCUUGGAGUGAUCCUUCCUUUAUUGUGAAGGGUAGCGCAUAUUUUCAGCUAUUUCAUCAGCCUGUUUUCUGCCUGUAGAAUUUUGGUAGUCUGACAGACUUCUUUCAUUUUGUCUGGUUUCUGACCCUUUUAGGACCUGCUAGAAGGGUUUCUGUUGGUAUAACAUUCUCAAAAACCUGGUGAGGCUCCCAUAUAUGUAAUGUUGAUUUCACACAUUUAGAAAAGAAGAUCCUUACACAUCUGUCCUGGAUAAGCUCAUCUCUAUUCCUGGUUUCUGCAGAGAUGUUUAAGUAAAUCCAUGAGUCCAUACCUAAUUUCUUCAGCAUAAGCCAAAGGUUGUCCAGCCACAUGCUAGGCCUUGUCUCUAGAGCACUUUUCUAACAAUGAAUAUCCUUACUAUCUAUUAUCAUCUGGUUAGGCUUAGAAUAUCCCAAAUCAUCAAGUGCUCAUUCUUUUUUACUUAAUAAUUCAUUCUUCCAUUUAUCACUUUUCUAUUUUACUAUAUACACCAAGAAGUAACUAAGCCAUACUUCCAACACUUUGCUUGCAAAUCUCCUUAGUUAAAUAUUCAGGUUCAUCAUUUAUGAGCUCUGCUUCACACAUAACUAUAGGAGUCAAUUCAGAUAAUCUUUCUGUAUAACACUGUAUAGCAAGGAUUGCCUUUCUUCCAGUUUCCAAUAAAAAUUUCUGUAUUUCCUACCAAGCCCUCAUCAUAAAUGUCUUUAUAUUCAUAUUUCUAUCAAAGCUCUUGUUGAGGAAAUAUAUGCUUUUUCUGUUGAGUGCAUCAAAGUUUUCCAGCCUUGAUCCAUUAUCAAAUUCUGCUGCCACUUUCUCAUUUUAGGUAUUCAUCACAGCAAUACCCCAUUUCCCAGUACCAAAAUCUGUAUUAGGUUCCUGUGGCUACUCUAAGAAAUUACCCCAAACACUAUGGUUUAAAAGAGUAAAUAUUUAUUCUCUUAUUGUUUUAGAUUCCAGAAGUCCAAAAUUGAGAUUUUUUGACAGGGCUGUACUUCUGGAUGCUGUAGGAGAAAAACAAUUCAUUUCAUCUUCUCUUUUUUGGUGGCUGUCAUUGUUCCUUGGCUUAUGGCUGUCUCUUUGCUCUGUCUUCACAUCACCUUCCCCUCUGUGUAUCUACCUCUGCCUCUGUCUUAUAUGGACACUUAUGAUGGCAUUUAGGGCCCACCCAGAUUAUCUAUGAAAAUCUCAUCUGAUGAUCUUUAAUUUAAUUACAUCUUCAAAGACCCCUUUUUCCAAAUAAGAUAAUUUCACAAAUUUUGUGCAUUAAGACAUGAGCAUAUCUUUUUUGGGUGGGUCAUCAUUCAGCCACUACAUUAGUUAUGUCACAUAAAUGUACUUAACACUUUUCAAAAUGCAUCCUUGGUGCUCAAGCAAAAUUUAAGGUUGUCUCUAAGGCUGUUAUCUACACAGGUUUCUGCAUGCUUUGUUUUAAGUGGAUGAAAAAGCUAUUCUAAAUUUUGGUUCACAUAUUUGCCACUAUGGCCAGUUAGCUUGAAAAAAAAAUCAGUGACUUCAACUGUGCUCUGAUGUAACUUUCUGCUGUUUCUAUCGUGUAUCUGACCAGAUGUCUUCUGUGAUUUAUAAUGCAGGCACAAAACUACCUCUGAUACAGAAAGGUUAUUUACAAGCCUAUUUUAGAUAUUGUGAAUCCCUCAAAUGAAGGGAGAAGUGUAAGCAAAGACUGCAUUGAAUGGGUAUUGAGGGAGAUUUUGUCCAUACCAAGCAACCUUGCAGAAGUAUUUCAGUAGCUGUAAAAAUUUAGAUUUGUGUUCUCAUUUUGCCUGGGAAUAAAAACCUGUCUCUAAGCAACACCAAGAAUGACUUGCAACCUAUAUGUGAUGCCUACUUAUUCAAUAAAGUUAAGAUAUAUAUUAACUGUUGUGCUGCCUAUGAUAAUUAAGUUAAAGGAUGAAUGAAAGGCACAAACUGAAGUGUCAAGACAGAAUAUGCAAAUAAGAGAAGCUUCAACUGAACAGAAAAGCAGGUGGAGAUCAUGGGAUCAUAGUCAAAGAUUGACAUUCUUGUGGGAAUCUUAAGGUUUUCUUUGGUAUUCUUUUGUACUGUUUGUCAGUGUAGUAGAGAAAUAUUUGUGUAAUUAAAAAGUCUCGAAAUGUCAGAGGGUAAUUUAUGUGCUCCAGAGAAACUGUUUCUACAGGAAAAGUUUUUAUUCCCCUUGAGUGUAAGACUAAAGCAAAGUGUUUAAAAUCCUCAGAGAUAUAAACAUCUGGAAUAAGUAAUAAAGGAUUGAAGGUCAUUGUGCUCUUGAGAGCUUUCAAAAUAAUAUCUCAUCAUGAGUGGGCUGACUUGAAUAUGAUGGGUUGGACAAUGUAAUAAUAAGGUCUAUAAAAGAUGUGAUCCAAAA